AAUCCAACUUAAAAGCAGCAUGAAACAAUUACAGAAAAUACAAAGCAAAUACUAGCAGAAACCCACCAAAAUUUCGGGUGUAUUCAAUCAGGUGCUCUUGUUAUGGGUGAACUAAAGAGCAGAGGGUUUGGUUGAGUUGUCAAGCCAAGCACUAAUUGAGCGGAGAGUUGGAUUAUAAUGGACAGCAUUGAUAUAGCGUCGCUCUCCCCGGAGCAGCGCGAGGAGAACAGCAUUAGGUUGAACGCCAUUGAGAGCAUCGAGGAAAUCUAUAAGACCUACAAGCCCCUGGAGUCCGAGCUGCGCGCCUCUUCCACGACCACCCUAAAAGAAGGCAAUAAACAGAACUCUGGGGAAAGUGAGGAGUCCAUUGGACCAGAGUACAUAUCAACUAACACGGAUUCCUUAAAAACGCCAGCUUUGGUAGGUGACAUAGAGAACACAGAAAAUGAAGAAAAAUCAGAAACUGUAGAAGACUCUUCGAAAUCGGAAGACCCGGAAGAGCUUCCGGGGAAUUUAGAAUUUAAAAACUCCGAUUUUCGUAUAUCUUCCGGUGAAAUAAAAACAGAGUCCCAUCAGAAAAAUGCCGAAAAGGAUCAGGGUGCCACCAAAAGUAAAGAUGGUUCCGGCAUAAGAGAUCCAAUCCCAUCAAAGAACAGCUCAAAAUUUAAUGCACAGAGCGGCGGACAGGAAGGAAUGGCCGCUAAUGGGUUCUGUGCACAGCAAAUGGGAAUGCAAAUGGGAACGGGAAUGGGUAUGGAUAUGGGUAUGGGCGUGGGCAUGGGCAUGGGUACGGGCAUGGAUAUGGGUAUGGGAAUGGGAACGUUACCUGGAAUGGGAAUGGGAAUGGGCAUGGGCAUGGGUACGGGUACGGCUAUGGGCACGGGCAUGGAUAUGGGUAUGGGCAUGGGAAUGUUACCAGGCAUGAGCAUGGGCAUGGGUACGGGUACGGGCACGGGCACGAGCAUGGGAACGGGCACGGGCAUGGAUAUGGGAGUGGGCAUGUUACAGGGAAUGGGCAUGGGCAUGACAAUGCCUGAAGGCAGCCUUAACUAUUGUGGGUAUAACCUGGCACAGCCAUCAGCAGAGGGAUCUUAUCAAUACCAAAUGCCCGAGGCAGACUACUUGAAGUACGCCCAGUUGCAGUCACAGUCAUAUCCCGGCAUGGAGAACUAUAUGCAGUUCCAGCCGCAGCCGCUGCAACAAUAUCUGAAGGCUCAGAUUCAACAGAUGCAACAGCAGCAACAGCAGCAAAAGCCACAGGCACAGCGACAGCCACAGUCUGGAGGCGGGGUUAAUAAUACCUUUGAUUCGUGCACAUCGAGCAGCUAUUGUACUGAAUGCAACACGAGCGACUGCCUGCCAGAGAAUUCAUCCUGUUGCAGUGCAUCGAUGGAAUGCUGCGUCAGACCUGACAAGCCGGAGGACAGGUCAACGGAAAGCGGCUCCUGCGAUACGCGAACUACGGAUUGGAGCAGCCUGGAGCAGCAAAGCAGCGAGAUGUCCGAGUGCAUGGACGUGCGACAGUGUCAAGUGGCCCACAAGGCGGCCCGGAAUGGCAACAGCGGCAAUCCGCAGUGCAAAGCCACGUGCCAUGGCGGACUGUGUCAGUUGAACGCCUGCGACAUGUCCGGCUCGACCACGUCCAGCGACUGCGCCAUGGAGUACUGUACUUAUGGCCAAAAUGGCAGCUGCCCCAUGCCCGCAGGCAUGCCGGGCGGGGCAUGUGGUGUUCAAAACAACAUGAACAUGUCCUGUCCACUGGCCUCCGCCGACUGCAUGCAAGCGCUCUGUGCACCGCCUACCUCGUGCUAUCAGAUGCCAUGCUGCCCGCAACAGGGGGCUUCAUGCGAUCAGAUGCCCUGCUGCUCACCCUACCCUCAGAGCGGUGUCUGCGCCAACAACUGCUUGGAUAUUGAGUCCUUCAUACAGAAGUUUCGAUCAACGCAGACACAGUGCUUGCCCAAUUGCCUAACUGCUCCAUCGCCGCCUUGCCUUGGCUUGGGCAUGGGCAUGGGCAUGGGCAUGGGCAUGGGCAUGGGCAUGGGCACGAGCUGUGGCCCCGGUCCCAGCUGUUGCCCAAGUCCCGGCUGUGGCCCCAGUCCCGGCUGUGGCCCCAGUCCCGGCUGUGGCCCCAGUCCCAGCUGUGGGCCCAGUCCCAGCUGUGGGCCCAGUCCCAGUUGUGGGCCCAGUCCCAGUUGUGGGCCCAGUCCCAGUUGUGGGCCCAGUCCCAGCUGUGGGCCCUGUCCCAGCUACUCUACCAGAAUGGAGCCCAUCUGUUCUGGUAAUGACUCGCUGCUGCCGCAAACCGUUUACUCCGCCGACUACAAGCCAGUCUGUGCACCUGGCAACAACUUCAAUCACUUUCCCAAAUGCGAGACUUGCGGCGGCUGCGGCAGCUGCAGCGGCUGUGGCACCUGCAGCAACUGCCUGAGCAGCCCCCCUCCCGUGUGCUACCCGGCUCCGCCAUGCAUGAUGCCACAGCCAGGCUGUGGCUUUGAGAUGCCCUGUGCCAACAAUUGCAUGCUGCCACCGAAUGCCUACUACGGCUCGUCCAGGCCUAUGCCCUGUGCCUACCCCUAUUCAGCACCUUGUCCAGCACAGUUCACUCAACCGUGUCGAGCCCAAUAUACUCAAUCGUGCCCUGGACAAUACACUCAAUCGUGUCCUGCACAAUUCUCUGCAACGUGCCCGGCACAAUUCCCUGGAUCUUGCCCUGCAGCUUUCGAGGCGCCAGUAGAUGCUGGCUGCGGGGGACCGCCCCUCUGCAAUGUUUCCUCACAGGCAACCAGCUGCAACCUUAGCCAAUAUUCGUCGUGUAUCUAGGACUUGUGGAAUCUAAGCCUCUGCCCAAUUGCUCAAAAUAUAUAUUUCAAUAAAAUAAGCUGCUGAAAAUAUACAAAAGCUUUGCUUAAACUAAUCAUAUAAUAAACUAACG